UCCGGAGCGCGGCGCUGCUGGUGCAUGGUGGGAUUGCGGAGGACCCCGCGGUGCAUGGUGGGAUUGCGGAGGACCCCGGGCGUUGCUGAUGCCGAGCGGUUGUCCGCCGGAGCGGUGGUCGCCGUGAGAGAUGCCCAACGCCUGCGCGGCCCCGAGCUGCAGGAGGAGGAGCACCCGGUGCCGGGGCCUGGCCUUCUACCGGUUCCCCAGGGACCCCGCGCGGUGCCGGCAGUGGGUGGACAACUGCCAGCGGCCGGACCUGAGAGCCAAGUCACCGGAGCAGCUGCACCACCAGCACAGGCUGUGCGCCCUGCACUUCACCAGGGACCUGCUGCAGUGCCCCAGGAGAUCGCUGCUCCGGCCUGACGCCGUGCCCACCCUGUUCGACCUCCCCCCGAGCCCCCCCAAGAAGCCGGACAGCAGCCACAGGAAGCACAAGCGGAGGUGGCUGAGCGAGGCGCAGCUGCGGGAGGUCAUGGCGCUCAGAGCCACCUCCGCGUCCCAGCCCGGCAGAGCGCCUCCCGGCCCCGCCAGCCCGGGCGGCCGAGGCGGCUCCGAGGGGCUUCCGCUCUCCGCCGCGGCCGCCGCCGCCUCCGCCCGGCCGGCCCGGGACCCGCCGAAAGACGAGCGACCGGGGAGCGGCGGCGCCGCCGCGCCCGAGGACGCCGGGUCACCGGGCACCGCCUCGGGCUUCAUGUUCCAGGGCUUCUGGAUCAAGAUUUCCCAAAGGAAAGGCACCUCCUGA